GUAAGUUCAGAACCCUGACCGAUUAUUGGAAUUUCAACUUCAUUCGGCCCAAGCGAAAAUGGCAAGAAACAAGUCCAAAAUGAAAAUUUAAAUAAAAGACCAAAAACAAGCCCAAAUGAGUAAAGUAAAAAAGGUCCUAAAAGAAUCCCAAAUGAGUGAAGCAAUUGAUGGCAUAAUGGUCAAUUGAAAUUAGAGUCAUCUUCAAUUCUUUCCUCAAUUCCACAUGCGACCAGCGGAAAUUUCAUUGCCUCGGACUGCUCAGCACCCGUGCCCUGCGACCGUCCGGCAACCCGCGACCGUCCGGCGACCCGCGACCAGAGCUUCCCGCGGCCUGCGGAAAUUUCAGAGCUUUAGGCCUGCCAACUUGAGCUUUAGGUCUUUUUGUUGACCUAAUUUCUUCACUGGCAUCAGACGGCGUCGUCCGACACCAUACUCGUCGACAUCAACCAUUUUUGGACUUUGAGAAAUAAUGUAUAGGGUUUACAAAGACAGGGCAUGACAAAUGCUUACCGCUCCACCUUUUUAAAGACUUUAAAUUUUGCUGCAGUAACUGUACGACAGUCUCCAAGUUCUCAUUGCACUUUGCCAUACCGCCCCAAGUGCUGUUUUAGACAAAUUCACAUGGCAACUAGUGACAAAAUUAGCUCAAGGGGUGCGUUAAUUGUUCUAGAAGGUCUAGAUCGUUGUGGAAAGACCUCCCAAUGUGGAAGGUUGCACUCUUACUUAGAAGAGUUAGGGCACUCCAUUGAACUAUGGAGAUAUCCUGAUAGAUAUACAGGUGUUGGGCAAAUGAUCUCUUCCUAUCUAGCCAACCAAUCGAAUUUAGAUGAUCGUGCAAUUCAUCUUCUCUUCAGUGCAAAUCGUUGGGAGAAGAGAUUGCUAAUGGAAUCUAAGCUGAGGAGUGGAACCACACUCAUUGUUGACCGUUAUUCUUUUUCUGGGGUUGCUUUCUCAUCUGCAAAGGGACUUGAUAUGAAGUGGUGCAAGGCUCCAGAGGCAGGAUUGCUAGCUCCAGACGUAGUUAUCUACCUAGACAUAUCCCCUGAGAAAGCUGCCGAAAGAGGAGGUUAUGGGGGUGAGCGGUAUGAGAAGCUCGAUUUUCAGAAAAUUGUUGCUCAAUCGUAUACAACACUUCAGGACUCGACAUGGAAGAUUGUGGAUGCAACUCUCCCUAUUGAAGAUGUCGAAGAACAACUGAGACAAAUUGUUGUAGAGUGCGUGAUGACGUGUCAGAAAGGGAAGCCUUUUGCACACUUGUGGCAGAAUUAGUUUAUCUUUUUCCCUGUUGAUAGCAUUAACUUGUUUGAAUUUCAGCACAUCGAAAAUAUUCUGAAUGAUAACUGAGAGUUUGGUGUUCUUUUUCUUUCCUUAUUCCAUGAAAACAUUAUUCAGGCUUGCAGCUAUUAUAUCAUGAGCAUGCGUAUUUAUUUUAAUAUAUU